UUGGCCCUUACGAAUGGCGUCAUUCCAUAGCAAGAGUACUCCCGAGUAUGAGGUCCUUCAUGAGUAUCUCCACAAAAUUUGCGAUGUACUUAGCAACCUUCCUGAUAGCAUUACCCCUCUAGCUAGAGACUUCUGUGCCUCUGACAUUAUAUCAUCAACUACAAUGAGUAGUGCCUCCAACACAACACAGGCUCCCUAUUUUCGUGCUAAUGCAAUCAUGACUGCUGCUCAUGUAAGUGUACAACAGGAUCCAAGGAAGUUUGAUGCUGUGUUAGAGAAGCUAAGUGAUCAGGGGCUUAGAGGGCUUGUAAAGGAAAUGGACCAGAGACUUGAAAACCACAAAUCUCUACACAAACGAGAUCUCAAAAUCAAACGAAAGAUGAAGAUACUUGUGGUUGGUCACAAUGGAAGUGGAAAGUCUUCAUUGAUCAAUGAAAUGCUGGGGAAGAAAGUAGCAACAGUUGGUCGGUCAGAUCAGCAAACUCGUCAUGAUCCAAUUGAAAAGCACAAAUGCAAAAUUGGAGACGUAGGUGUCACAAUAUUUGAUACACGAGGAUUUGGUGACCCUUCAGUAACUGACUGGAAAACUAUGGAGUCUAUUACUAAAAUCAAAACUGUAGACGUGGUGCUGAUAUGUCACAAGCUGUAUGACAGGAUUGAUGAUGCAACCGUAAAAGAGCUAAAAGUCCUUGUUGACAACAUGGGUAACAAUUUGAUUGAUUUGUCUGUUCUUGUCUUUACUUUUGGUGAUGAAUACCAAAUGAGAUGUGAACCUGAGUUUGCUACUGAUGGUAGCUUGACAGAAGAUUCAAAGGAAGAAAUUAAGGAUGAAUUGGUGGCACAGCGGGCAAGAAUUGAACGCAGGAUAAAAGAAGUGCUUAAAGAAAUUGGUAUAAAUGAAAGGGUUGCUAACAAAAUACCAAGCUGCAUAACUUGCGGAAAGAAAAAGAAAGAUGGCAAGCGAAAGGAGUUACCUACAAGUGAUAAUUGGAUUAAAGAACUAUGGGACUUAUGUGAGGACAGAUGCAAAGAUGAAGCAAAACCGUUUGUUCGUUCAAUAAAAAGCAAGAUCUGGGAAACAUUAAUGAUGGGUGGGCUAGGAGGAGGAGCUGUUGGAGCUGUUGUUGGUGGCGUUGCUUCAGGAAUUCAAGCAGGUGGUGCUCUCGGUACUGCAGCUACACCAGGACUUGGUACCUUAGCCGGAGCUGUAGCUGGUGGAGUCAUGGGUGGAGCAAUUGCUGGGGGGAUUUAUGGUGCUGGUCUUGCUGGUGUUGGUGCUGCAGCCGUAGAAAUUGGUGUUGCAACCGUCGGAAUUGGAGCUGGAGUUGCAAAUGUAGUACAGAACAAAUCUGAUGAAAGUGAUUGAAAAACCUCAAGACUUUUUAAUAGCUAAUGAACACAAUACAGUUAUUAGUGACUUAGUUAGUACUCUUAGUGAUUUAUUUCCUCUUGUAAGUUUAAUAAUAAUAACAAUAGUGAUGUGCUACAAGUUAAAACAUUUUAA